UGAUCCGGAAGUUUGCUUCUUCCUUUCUCUCUAUGAAGCACAUUUCCUGUUUUCUCGAUCCACUGCAAAACAACUACUCCCUCUCUCUUUUUUGAAUUUUUCCAUUUUAAAGUUCCAUCCUUUUAUUCUCAUUUUUCUUUUUUCUUUUCUUUUUUUAUGUAAUAAUAUUUUCAAUUAGUGUACAUAUAUUGUUUGGCCCUGUAAGCUCAAGGAUUCCUACUCACCUGCCGUUUACAGGAAAAAAUUCAUUAGUAAUGGACCCUUCCAUAGUUAAGUUCUUUGAAGAAGAUGAGGACGAGUCCAUGCAUUCGGGGGCUGACGUUGAGGCGUUCCAGGCUGCCUUGAAUCGAGAUAUUGAAGGCGAUGCAUCCACUUCUCAGCCACCUGAUUCAGAUACCGGAAGCAAUCGAGUUUCUAGUCAGUCACUUGCACAAUGGCCAACCGUGGGGCAAGACGGAAACGCUAACUUUCAACACCAACAACCUGUUCAAAGUGCACAGCAGCGAUCAUCCGAAAUGGAGCAAAAGCAACAGGGACUUCUUGUUAUGGGGAGUCUACAACAGCCAAAUGAUGUUCCGCAAGGAGUUAAUUGUCUACCACCACAACAAAAGCAACCCCAGGACGAUCAUCAACAAGGAGUAGCUGAACAGGUUUCUGCUCAGGUUCCUCUAAUGGCUGGGAUUCAGACUACUGAACGAAGUCCAAUCCCACGUGAACCGGAGAGAACCAAUAUUCAAGACAGUGAAUCACAAUAUGCAAAAUUACAGAAGAUGAGUAAUCAACAGGCUGGUGGCACAGAGCAGCCAAAUAAUCAAGUAAAUCGAGGAAAACAAGUUCCAUUUGCUGUGCUGUUGCCGUCCUUACUGCCCCAACUCGAUAAAGACAGAGCGAUGCAGCUUCACACCCUUUACGGUAAACUAAAGAAAAACGAAAUUGCAAAAGAUGGAUUUGUCAGGCACAUGAGAGAUAUUGUAGGAGACCAGAUGUUGAGGUUGGCCGUUAAUAAGUUACAAGUUCAGAUGAGUUCCAACCAAGUCCCACUACAGUCCCAGGUUGCAGCAAGGCCUAAUACUCCACGAAUGCCAUCAGUUGGUGGUGCCACACAGUUUGGUGGUCCACAUACAUUGGCUCAGCUGCACCAAAAGGGCCCUAAUUCUCCUGCCAAUUCAUCUCAUCCCUCUCCUCCAGCGGUCCUCAUGCAGACUAAUUCAAGUUAUUUAUCCAUUGAAAACAAGGUUCAGAAGUCUCAAGAGAUGGAUCGUCAACCGGAUUCUCACUUUGGAGUGCUAAAAAGUCAAAAUCCUUCGUCCAGUUCAACCACUGUGAAUCAAGAAAGAGAUCGUGCUUCAAUUCCCGUACAAGGAAUUAACAUGCAGCAGCAACAUCUGAAUUUCGCACAAACUUCUUUUGGUAUGUACGGGAGUAGUAAUUAUCACACAUACUCUGGAUCAAAUGUUAGUAAUUCAGGUUCUUGUCUAAAGCCGCAACCUCAUGACUCACAAAUUAGACAAAUUCCACAUCAUCAAAGCAUGGGAUCGAACCCUGUAGGAGGACCAACCCAGACAAUGAACAUGAUGGGUGGGCCUAAGCUUGAGAGGCAAAACUCAACCAAUGACCCAAAUAGAUUGCAGGGUGGAUCUAUAUCACACUUUUCAAGCAAUUCUGUUUCCUGGCAAGCCUCAUCAAGUAAGGAGCUGAAUCCUGGCCCUUUGUCAUCUAUGACAUAUGUGAAACAGGAAUCUGUUGAUCAAGUUCCAGAGCAGCAGCAUGGACUUUAUUUGUCUGCAACCCAUGGAGCAUCUACUGCUAUAGUUGAAGAGGGUAAUGCAGUUAACGCUACUCCCAAGGAUGAGUUUUUAGAGAAGCAAUCUUCUAGAGUUGGCUUCUCAACACCUACUAGUAUGGCACCUCCUAACUUGCUUUCUCCUUCCAUCACAACACAAAUGGAUUCCAAUCUCCCGCUGGGUUCUCAGAGUCCAUCUGUGCCUGCCACGGCUGGGGUCAAUGGAAAAGCACCUCAAAAAAAGCCCUGUGCUGGCCAGAAAAAGCCGCUUGAAGCUCUUGGUUCUUCACCACCAUUGUCAAGUAAGAAGCAAAAGGUAUCUGGAGGCUUUUCAGAUCAGAGCAUUGAACAACUGAAUGAUGUAACUGCUGUCAGUGGAGUGAAUCUCAGGGAAGAGGAGGAGCAACUAUUUUCCGGCCCCAAGGAUGAGAGUCGAGUUUCAGAAGCAUCGAGAAGGAUUGUUCAAGAGGAAGAAGAAAGAGUUAUUUUGCAGAAAAUCCCUUUGCAGAAGAAACUGGCUGAAAUUAUGGCUAAAAGUGGUUUGAAGAAUAUAAGCAAUGAUGUUGAACGAUGCGUGUCCCUGUGUGUGGAGGAAAGAAUGCAUGGGCUCCUAUGCAAUUUAAUCAGACUAUCAAAACAGCCUAGGCACCGGACACACGUCACCUCAGAUGUUCAACAGCAUAUUAUGAUGAUGAAUCGGAAUGCUAGGGAAGAAUGGGAGAAAAAACAAGCUGAGGCAGAGAAGCUGCGGAAACUUAAUGAUCCUGAGGCUGAGACUACAGUUGAUGGUGACAAGGAGAAAGAUGACGGUCGAGUAAAAGUAGUAAAGGCAAACAAGGAGGAGGAUGACAAGAUGAGGGCCACUGCUGCAAAUGUUGCUGCACGGGCUGCUGUUGGAGGGGAUGACAUGCUGUCAAAAUGGCAACUUAUGGCCGAACAAGCUCGCCAGAAACGCGAGGGUGGAACAGAUUCGCUAUCUGGUUGUCAAGCAGGUAAAGAUGUGAACUGCAGGCCUCUAUCUGCAUCUGGAAAAAAUUCAAGGGACUAUCAAGAAUCGGAGAACAGGUGCCCACUCAGUCCUCCUGCAUCUGGUAAGCUUGGUUCAUGGCUAGAUCUCUUGAUUCAUGGUUAAUAUGGUUGUAAUAUUUAUCAUGCAUGCCAUUGCAUUAGAUGACACUGUCAUGGAUGCUUGUGUACAACCGAGCAAUUUGGAAACAAGUCCCAUUAUGUUUGAUCA